AUGGAUAUUAAAGUAAUAAGUGAACUGUUUUCUGAUAUUGAUGGUAAUAAUGAUGAUAAUGCAUCUGAAGAAGACAAUAAAAGAGCCUUUAAAGAUAAUGCUUUAAAAAACUUCUCAAAUGAUUCAGACGAAGGUUUUCAAUUGAAUUUUGAUGUAUCAGAAACUGAAUUAGAAAAAAAUAAUUUUAA